GAGAGUAAGAGUGUGACAGCGAAGAAGCAACAGGAGUAGUCGUCAUCGGUUGCCGCAAUCGCAAAGCAACAGUAAUACCUGUAAGAAGUGUAUCGGCAUCAUGGCUCAGCCAGUCCGCGGUGGCAUCCAAUCCAAUCCGGCAGAACAAAUGCCCUUGGACUCCAAUUCCGGAAUGUCCUCCGUAGAAGAGAUCAAGCUGCAGAGCGUUCACGAAAACUCAAAUGUUGUUACUCAAUCCAAUCCGGCAGAACAAAUGCCCAUGGUCUCCAAUGAUAUGCAGAAUACGAUGGAAGAGGAGCGCGACAGGUGGGAGAAACCAAGUGACACUGCGAGGUGCCUGUGUUUUGAAGUCCUGAGCGUCAUCAACGGCCUGAUGCACAUGGACUGGCCCGUAACGUUCUUUUUAAUGGCAAUAACAAUACAUCGCUUGAAAAUGAAGAUAGAAGAAUCUAUCAUCCUGUGGCUAGCAAUCGUGCUACCAUACGCGUUAUUUGCGAAUGUGGUUGGCUAUUUGGGCGAUCGUUAUUCGCGGAAAUAGAUCAUGGUGCUGGGUGUGUUGCUCGCGAGCAUGGCCACCCUGCUCAAUACGUUCACGGAUUCGUUCUGGUGGUUCACGACGUUCCGGGUGCUGGCCGGUAUUGGGCAGGCGUCCUUCAGUACCGUAGCACCCACCAUCAUCUCUGACAUGUACAUUGGUAUAAAAAGAUCGUUGAGGCUGAUCAGCUUCCAUAAUGCUCAACCGUUUGGAUGUUUUUUUGGAAUUAUCAUUGCAACAAUCAUUUCCACAACGAAAUCUUGCGUUUGGCUUAUUCGGGUGCCACCGGUGCUGGGUGCGAUCGCAGUGGUGCCGAUUAUAAUGAUGCAUGAUCCACGGCGGGGCCAGAGCGAAGGUACACAUCACCUACCGACCACCUCGUACAUUAAGGACCUGAGAGUGAUCAAGCGCAACCGUUCGUUCAUCUGGUCGACGCUCGGCCUUGCUUGUGUGAAGUUCAUGAGCUGUUCGUUUUUGUUUUUAGUUCCAAAGUCCAUUGUGUUGGCGAAAAAUAUUUCACUUACCGAGGAAUCAGAAACUUUAUAUACCUUUUUUGUGAACAUCUGCGUGUUCUGUUGGUUCCCCGGACCGUUAUUUGCCAACUGGUUGCAAGCAAAGAACGCAAACGCCAACCCGUACAUUUGUGCGGUAGGUUUGCUCCUAAGCGUGCCGCUGAUAAUUUUCCCGUUUCACUGGAUGGCGGGAAAUGUGUUAGUGUUGUGGUUGCUGGUUUAUUUCAGCGCAGUGGGCAUCAAUUCGACUUUGCCGAACGUAAUGUACAUUCUGCUGAGCGUCGUUGCGGCUACGAGACGCAUGCAGUGCAGUGGGCUUCCAAAUUUGUAUCUCGCACCUAAUUGGAGUGGUUUUUGGUUUAUGUCUGAAUGUUUGGUUGUAACAUCAAUUUAAAGCCAGCUCGUACCGCACGGAUAUAAAUAGUCGUCAUGGGUUGCCGCAAUCGCAAAGCAUCUGUAAUGCAUGGAGUGUAUCGCCCUCAGGACGUAGCCAGCAGUGACGCCCAAUUCAAUCCGGCAGAACAAAUGAUCUCGGGCCCCAAUUCCGGGAUGUUCUUGAUGGAAGGGGAAGAGAUUCUAAAUGUUCAGAAAAAUCAGCCUAAUGACGGCACGCAAACAUAGUCCCGUAUUCAAUCCAAUCCAAUCUGGUAUGGCAAAUCUAUACAGACUCCAAUUCUGUCAGGUCCCCGCAAGACGAUAUAAAGCUGUAGAACGUUCAGGAAAACUCGUACGUUUACCGAUAAAGAACCAGAACGACUUCAAACUCGGAGAUGACCAAUGUUUCUACCCGGUGGUAGCAUUCGUGCCUGUUCUACAUGUUCGCAACGCCACUGUUCGGGCACUCUGGCUAUUUGGGCGAUAGCGUCCACCAUCAUCUCCGACCUGUCCGUCGGUGUGAUGAGAUCGAGGAUGCUGAUCGUUUUGCACUUCGCCCUCUCCCGGUCGAAUCACUCACAGUUUCUCCAAGGACAGCCCUGUGAACAACGACCGUGAUUUUGGUUGCUAUGGAUGCUCGCGGUGGUGUUGGUCAUGGCGGUGCGGGACAGCGCGGCCAGAGCGAGGACAUAGACCACCUUAUACAUGGUAGACACGAAGGCGAUCAAGAACAACUGUACGUUCACCUGGUCGACUCUGGCUUGGUGGAGUCCACUGUUGUACUUUCAAGUUAUUAACCGAACGAAGAACAAGACACCCGUUACUAAAUCCUGCGCGCGUCCAUGUGACCGUGUUGUGAAUAUUGUUCAUCGACGUUCCCAUCCUUCCUGCCGAGCCAAUUCACGUAUCGCAACUCAACCGCAGUGGGUUUCCAAAAUCUUUACUCGCACUUACUAGGUGUUUGUUGUUAUUAUCUGCUUGUUUUGCGAUAUGGCAGCAGAAAGGGUUCGCUUCUUCCUUUCAACGAAACACAAUCAACCGAUGCGUACCAGCCAAGCACAGAAUCGAAUCAUUCUUCGAUUCUCUUCCAUGAUUCGAUUGUGUUCCGUGAUGCACUAUCACAACCAUGGUCGAAAGCGAAUAUAUCGUGUACGCUUGCAACUUUUUCGUGUUGCUCGUUUUCGCCGGAAUCUUUAACUUGACUGCCGAUGCUGUCCAUGCCGAACAUACAGAGAGCCGGGGUGUGACAGCGAGGAAAGAAAGCCAGCUCGAUACGGCUAAGAGAAUCCGUCAUUCCCUGUCAUCCGUCAUUCAUUCCGUCAACAGUAAUACAGGGAGCGAAACGCCAUCAUGAAUCAGCCAGCUAGUGGUGGGACGCAACCCAAUGCCAAUGGACAAAAUCCCAAAGAAUCGGACGCAGGCAAUCAAACCCAUCUGGCAAGGAACAUACUCACAAUAUCAUCAGCGAUCUCGAUGCUUGAGCAGCAGGAGAUAAGGGACAACACGCAGGGAAAGGGUAACACUAACCGGGUAACGGGUAACCCAUCGAUCGUCAGUGACUCUUUCAAUUUAUUCGUCCAGUCUUUACCCAAUCUCAUAAACCAAGCGGACUUGUACUUAUUUUCCGAUGCGAUGGUAAAUAAACAGUCUGUAUACGGGAUCAACGAAGAUCAAAAAUCCCUCCAGCUGGUCGUGUUCCUGGUAACCUACGUGAUCUGCUUAAUUCCGUUUGGCAAAUGGUGUAAACGAUAUUUGGCAAAGUGGAUCGUGGUGCUGAUGAUAUCGCUCUUGAUCAUAGCUGCCGUCGUCGGUUGGUUCGUGGAUAAUUUAUUUUCCGUUUUUUCCGAACGGAUUGUGAUCGGUGUUGGAUUGGCGUCCCUCUACGCAAUAGCGCCCACCAUCAAAUACGAUUAUGAUGUCGGUACACCAUCUGUCGGUGAGAUGAUAAGGAGGAUACUGAGCUGCUAUUACUUACCAACCCCGGUUGGAUCGGCCCUUGGGCUAAUCGUGGCUGCUAUCAUCACUUUCCUGGAUUGUUCGAGCAGGGUGAUAAUGGUGCUGAGUAUAAUCGGGUUAGUGCUGAGUUUGAUAUACCGCUACCCGCAACGUGGCCAGAGCACACAUCCCAUGCAAACUACUUCAUUCAUAGAGGAAGUCGAGGAGUUCUCGAAAAACAAGACGUUCUUCUUGUUGACCAUCAUCGUUACUUGCUUGGCGAUCUCAACAAAUGGGCUAAACUGGUGGAAUGUAAAGUACAUCUAUGAGGGGCUGAUCUUACAACCAGGAAAUCAAAAUGUUGCACUCUACGACGUGUCGUGCAUAUUCGGUUUCUUCAUAAUUGCCACCAGCGUCGGUAUGCAGAUUGUAUCGUACCUGCCCUGCCUCACCCAAGCGACAAACGCCAAGACCAAAUUGUGCAUCAUCAUGUUACUGAGCGGUAUGAUGUUGGGGACUGCAUGGUAUAUGGUACGGGUGGAAAUUCGCGCAACGUAUGCGUUAUUUGUUUUGAGCGAAAUUUCCCUCCAUAUCGUCUGGCCGCUCGCAAAUGACAUUCUGCGGUCAGUCGUUGAACCGGCGAGACAACCAACCGCGGUAUCCUUCCAGAAUCAUAUCAGGUCACUAUAUGUUUUUGUUGUUGUUGGCCCGAUUAAUUUUUAUUUUCAAUUUGUGCUGGGAUCGGUUCAGACCGUGAACGAUAUGCUAUACGAGACAAAUUUCUCGGAAGAACAUUCCUGGAAGCUGCAGAUCCUUGCCAAGAAUUAUGCCCUACUCAAAUUAUUCUUUGUUGGUGUUGGCUUCAUUUUCUUCCUCGUGACGUUCUGCAUCGGUCGGGAUCGGGCACGCGUCGAAUCGGUGGUGCCAGGCAAUCAACCAAAUUAUAAAUUGGACGUCAUGCAAGUCGGAUCCGCAUCUAACCUGGAAGCCGCGAUACCACCACCAAACACACCACAGUGAAAAGUAUUCUGCACUGGUGGAGAAAUGGCGAAAUAGUUUCGCUGAGCCCUUUUCUCCAGAGCACAAUAUAAGCUAAUUCGCGUCAUUUCAAAUUUAGAGGUGUUAGUUGUUGUGCAUGCAGUGGUCUGAAUGCAUUUUCGGUCAUUUUUACAUCGUUUGUUCGUAAUAUUGUACUUAAAAAAGUUGACGAAUAUCAAGAAAAGAUAGAAUUAAGUACAAUUAUUGAUUAUAACAAGAUCAGUGUCCAAAAUUAGGACGAAAUCAUGUGCAGCUCAAGAGAACCAAAGCUAACAAGCUUGUUUCCUGAUUUUAUUCGUUUUCAAGUGAUGAAUUAUUGAAAAAACUUCUCCAUGCCACGUAAAUGAGAAGGAAAUGUAUAGUUACACUAGAUUUUGUGCAGAAAAAGCACAAUUGGCCCUAAAAAGUGUUUGGUUGUGUGGAAUCGCUCACAAACUUUUUCAUCUAACUGUCAAAAACAAGCUUUCAAAAUGGUGGACCAAAAUCGAGCUAUGCAUCGACCUCUGUAUUAUAUAGACUUUGCUCGAUAUACGCGAAUUUGCAGUACGCAAUUCCUCUAAAUUUGACAGCUUCAUGUGUUUUUUGUAAUUAUUUUAAUUCUUUGAAAUAUUUUAUACUCUUUUUGAAUCUCCUUAAUGUUCUUAAAGCAUUUUGCAUUAAAUUUGUGCAAAAAAUACCUGUUUUACAACAAAAAACAUUAAUGCAUAAUUCUGUGGCGAUAUUUUUCAACCCUCGAACUUGUAGUGAAAACUAUUUUUCCAUAGGAAUCCGCUAUACGCGAAAACUCGAGAUACGCUAUUGUGCCGUCUCUACGGGCAAAGGGGUCCCGUCCCUACGGACAAAGAGCGGGAUAUUUUUAUCAUGGUGUGCGUAAAAACCUAGAGUUAAGCCGAUGGAAGAUUUCCUAGGCUUAAAAAAGGGAGAGGCCUCUCCCGGGAACGGGUACCGCGAUUCUCUACCGCUUCCAUACAAAAUACACGGUGCGCUCUCUCAAUGCUCGCGCCCAUGCGCUAGCAUCCUUUCGUGUGCUUGUGUUUGUUUCUUUCGUGUUGCGCUGUGUGCGUUUCUUUCGUUCAGCGAUCGCUCAUACUCGCUGCGUAUUUUUUUUUGUUAUCUAAAGCUAAACAAAAAAACAAACACGCGUAGAUUUUUUUUCAUCACUUUAUUGAAACAUUUACAUAACUUUACACGAUUUCACACAUUUACAUACACAAUAUCAAACUAAAAUAAAAUCGAUCGCUCCAUCGAUGCAAACGUUGAAGUGGCCGAAUAUCUGCGUAUAUCCUUUUGUACACGUUGAUUACUGUUAAAAAGGUACGAAAUGAGGCUGCGCGAUGUACAUAACAUGCAUUACGAAUCAUUCGCGCAGCUUCAACACUUGAACACUUGAACACUUUACAAAAUCAUAACACGAAUCGUCCAGGACGAUUUCAUGUGGUAGCAAGAACGAGAGCACACAGAGGAACUUUCGGUGCAGCAGUGCAAGCAAGACACGGAUAUCAGCAGAGCGUUGCAGAUGAAACUGAGCGCACUGGCGGAAACUAAACGCACACAUUUACACAUUUGUAAACUGUUAGUGUCAAAAAUGUGUAGAAACCAAAACGCGCUCUCGCAUCCUUGUAUUUCACACCGUUUAUCCGCUUAACUCAAGGUUUUUACACACACCAUGAUAAAAUAUCCCGCUUGUGGUGACACAACGUGUAACCGCUCCUUAAGACGCGUUACGCAUAGUUAACACAUACAGAACGCAUCGCGCGUAACGUGUAGCACUCUUUCACUCACUAACACUAACAUAGCUAACGACUGCACUACUACCAUAUAGGAUAUAGGAUUAGAAUUAUAUUUUACGUCAGAAAAUAAAACUUCUUCUACGAGUGACCACCAAACGAGCAACAACCCGAUUCAUUACGUGCACUCGAAAAUAGAAAAAGUAGCUAGAACAUCCCCAUACGCUCUUUGUUUGUAAGGGUACGAUAGCGUAUAUCGGAUAAUGACAGUACAUGAAACCCGCAGCAAUACAGGAUUUUCAAUGAUAUUAUUAACAAGUUCAGUGAGUUGUUGAUUCGUUUGGGCAUAUAAUUGACUCUUUCAGCGAGAUAUAGAAUUGUUCGGAAGCAGGCGUUGACAUGUUCGGCGAUACUAUUGAGCUCUCGUUUGUUUUGUUUACACCUGUCCUGAAGUGUGUAAUUUUUCAUUCUUAGAUGUCCUAAAAUUGGCCAAUAGCCAUUCCCCAAGCAUUUUAAUUAAUAAAUUAGUUAAAACCAGCAUGUUUUUUCGAAAACCGUUUGUUUACCUUCUGAUGGGAAAGAUCCAAGCUGCAGCCCAAGGGGUACGAAAGUGACAGCUCUAUAGUAUAGCCGAACAUUGCAACGCCUGCUUCCGAACGAUUCAAUAUUUAUUUAUUUAUUUAUUUAUUACGAUACACAUAUCUGCCUCAGAGGGCUAAAUAUAGGGAAACUUACUGACUAAAACUUAAAAUUAAUGAUAACAAACAAAUACUUAAAUCUAACUAGACAAACAUAUACUAGACAGCAAGCAAUUUGUAACACAGCCAACACACGUAAAAUGAAAGAAUUAGGAUGGGGAAACAAAAAGGGAGUCAAAGAACUGAAGGAAGAGGGGGCGAAGGGAUUGAGGGGGAAUAUGAAAAUCAAACACACCAGAGGCACUGUUGCAGCGAUGGAGGGAUCGAAAAAACGGAUCAUUGGUGCCAUACAGCGUUCUUCUCGACGGGAUUUGAAGGAAAUCGCGGCGUCGAAGAAAGCGAGCAGGCGCGUACAGCGGUAUUCUGUUAAGAAGUGAAGGACAAUCAAUCUCGUUCCGAAGCAAACCACUGAUAAGCAAAGCUUGAGAAGCAGAGCGACGAUCAUGCAGUGUCAUCAAUCCAAGCAUACGGCAUCGGACUUCAUAAGGGGGAAGAGAAGCACCCGAUUGCCCUAAAAGACGCCUAAUGGCAAUACGGGUGAAUCUGCGUUGAACACUUUCAACCCUUUCAAUCCAUACCGAGCUGACCGGGCACCACACAAUGCUAGCAUAUUCUAAAAUAGGGCGGACUAAGCUACAGAAAAGGGCUUUGAGGCAUAUAGGGUCACGCACAUCAUUUGCCAUAGCACAAAUCAUUCCUAGUACACUAUUGGCAUGGUUAAUGGUACGCUCAAUAUGAUGAUUGAAUGACAGCUUUGCAUCAAGGUGAACCCCAAGAUCACGAAUGACAUUAACACGAUUUAAUACAACAGAGUUUAGUGAAUAAUUAUGAGACAACACAUUUAAGCUCCGAGAGAAAGAUAUACAAGCACAUUUAUCGAUACACAGGGAGAAAAAGUUAGCAGAACACCAAGAGGAGAAGGAGUCUAACAGACAUUGGAGAGAGACACAUGAAUUAGAGUCAGUGAUAGGACAAAAUAUUUUUAAAUCAUCUGCAAACAUAAGGAAGGAAUCGGAUGGAAGAACAGAGCACACAUCAUUGACAAAGAAAAUAAAAAGUAAAGGACUCAAGACACUACCCUGGGGUACACCCGACGAACAAUGAAACUCAUAAGAAAAACCGUCAUUCAAUUUAACACAACAAAAACGAUUCGAUAGAAAUGAUUGUAGCCAUUCAAGAAAGAAAGGAGAUAAGCCAAGUUUCUUUAGCAAUGAGCAGAGAAUGGGGGAUUUUAUCAAACGCAGCUUUGAAAUCGGUAUACACAGCAUCAACCUGCAUGCCAGAGUCCAGAUUUAAGAGUGCUGAGGAAACAAAUUCCAUAAGAUUAGUAGUGGUGGAGCGGCCAGCCAUAAAGCCAUGUUGAUUUGGAAUGAUCCACGAUUUCACCAUUUCCAUUAGAGGUAAACGGAUAACAGAUUCAAAGACUUUGCUGAACGCCGAUAAAAUAGAUAUGCCACGAUAAUUAGAGACGCAACCACGAUCACCCUUUUUAAAAACUGGCCUUAUCCAUGCUUGUUUCCAAAUAUUCGGAAAAGUAGCCGUAGACAAAGAAAGAUUAAAAAGGAAAGAAACAGGAAGGGCUAGUGCUUCACGACAGUGAAAGAGUAAAGCAGCAGGAAUACCAUCGGGACCCGGCACUGAGGAUGGUUUAAGGUUACCUAACGCACGUAAAACAGAAGCAGUGCUUACAGAAACAAAUUCAACAUUCAGGACAUUGAGAGGGGUGAAUGAAAGACUGGCCUCAAAGCUUGCAGAGUUAUUUAAACCAUUUUCAUAGACUCUCGAGAAAUGAUCAGCAAAAAGCGAACGAAUGUCAUUCGGGCACGUAGCAAGCACAUCACCAAGUGACAUACUAGUAGGGAGGCCAUUAUUGUUUCUCAUAGAGUUUAUGUAAUUCCAAAACGCUCGAGGGUUUGAACGGAAGCGAGAUUGAAGACGCAAAACAUAUAAUUUAUGGCGAUAUCUGUUAUAUGAUCUGUAAGCGGAUGCUGCAUAUUUAAAUAACCUACGCGUGUACGGUGAACGCCAAGUCCGGUAAGCACGUGUAGCCCGAUUUCGAUCCCUAAGCAGAGAGCGCAGAUGACGGUCGGACCAUGGAGGGGAAGGAGGUGGUCUGAAGAGAGGAGAACAGGAGUUUAAGGAAGUGAUAAGGAUAGCAUUGAACUGUGUUACAGCCUCAUUGAUGGACGUACAUUCAAACAAAAAUGACCAAUCAAUAGAGGACAAAAUUACACGCAGCCUAGCAUAGUCAGCCUUCUUAUAAUUAUAAAUAGGACUAAGAUUAACACUUUGCACAGAAACAGGUAAGUUGGCAGUGGAUAGAUAUUCAAUUUCAAAAACAAACGGAGGAUGGUGGUCAUCAAUUUUUACAAGAGGAAGAUCUGCCUCAUGAACGGAACACGGCGUGAAGUUAAGAGAAAACAAUAGUAUAAGGUCAAGCACACGAUCAUUAUGGUUUGAAAUAUUGUUUAGUUGACAAAAUUCCAUAACGUUGAAUACAUCGACAAAAGGUGCAUGACAUAGCAACGCAUUAUGAGGUGUAUAGUGCUGGAAAGGUGUCGUUAAAUUAACAGAAUUUAUCCACUGCAGAGAAGAUUGAUUAAAAUCACCAAGAAGAAUAAGUUGAUCCUUGUUACGCAAGCGGGCUUUGACAUCGUGAACGCAUUCUAAAAGUUUUUCAAACGUACGCAUAUCAGCUGCUAAGUAGGGUGGGACAUAGAUAACACCUAUAUAUAUAUUAAAGCACUCAUUUUUAAUCACAACCCACACACACUCAAGCGGCGCGGCAUUUACAGAAAUAGGCGCUGAUGCUAAACUGGUCGAAACAGCAAUGAGAACACCGCCACCGCGAGUACGAGAACUAUUAUUUAUGUUACGAUCACAACGGUAAACAAUAAAUUUAUCACUACUAAAGAGCAUACUAUUGGGUAAAGAAUCAUCAGCCCAGGUUUCAGUGAAAACAAUCACAUUAAAAUCAGCAGCAUCGGCCGCAAGCCUCAAAUCAGUACAUUUUGAUCGUAACCCACGAGUGUUCUGAUAGUAAAUACUUAGCUAUUCAUUUGGUUCAUUUGACAACGACGGUUGUCUGGCGUGAUCACCACGGGUACGCUUAACAGGGGCAGGCAGGUUGUCUGGAGGCGACCGAUCCGAAGGUUUACGAGAGGAUCCAGUCGUUCUCGCAGGAAUGAACACCGAUGAAGACGAUGACGGAAUCGACGAGGUUGAUUGAAGAGCAGGAAGCACGGAAGUAGGCUCGGAACAGGUAUCACUCAGUGGAUGAGAGAGAGCCGAAGGCACAGAAGCACUCUGAGAAGGCAUGCUGGCCAAGCGUGGUGUACUCAGAGAGCCGAAGUUAGAUGGAUCGUUAACGGGAGCAUCCAAUCGGGCGACGAUAGAUUUAACGGUAUUAGUGUUGCUUGCACUAUUGAUAUUUUUGGCCGACUCAUCUGUAAGCGUGUCGUUCACUGACACUACAGGGAGAUGACGAUUUUGGUAAUCGAUGAACUCACGGAACACGAGAGAUGGAGGCCAAGUAGCCGGAGAGAGAGCUUCUUCGUGCUUGCUGGAAGGUACACCGACCUUAAACGAUACGAAUGACAUCGUUUCGACGUUGGCGCCAAGUUUUACGAGACGACGCACCACAACGUCCGAUGGAGCAAGCGCAAGUCGAUUUGUAACCAUGGUAAUGACAUGCUUAUCCGUUACAGAUGUGUCGAAGCGCGACAUAAAAAUCCACGACAAUCGGCCUCAGCACAAUUUUUCGAUCGAAAAAAUUCGAUAGGCGCUCACGUAAAACUGACAGUAUAACUAUUUCUUUUAUACCCCUACAUGAAGUUGGCCCCACAGGUAUUUUUUUUUAAAUAAAUAAUAAAUAUUUUUUUAUCACUCAAAAUAUUGAAAAAGAACCAAAACAUUUACCAACUUGGUUUUACAUGACGUUUUUCAAAAACAUCAACCUUGAUUUAUGGCAUUUUUUUGAUAUUCGAUAAUUUCCGCAGCUCAAUGCGUCGCGGAUUUUGCCCCAUACAAAGCGGAACGAUCGAAUUUUUGUAGCAUAGUUCAUUUUGCUCGUGAGUGUCAUGGUAUACCAGUUUUCAAAAAGACCAGUAAAUUGAACACCUUGGCGGCGAAAUGAGUGUUAAAUGACACCAAAAUGACAGCCGGAUCGAUCGAAUUUUUUCGAUCGAAAAAUUGUGCUGAGGCCGAAUGACUGUGGCCUUGGAGCCACAAAUACUGGAUCAUAUGUACUCCCCGAUCCCGUUCCUUGUUGCAUUGCAGGCGCAGGAGGCACUGCCGGCCAGGGAGCCGGAGGGAGGUGACGAGAUGGUAGAUCGAGGGGUAGUGAUGUUCGGAGAGGGCACCGUGCGUCUCUCUUACCAUAUGCAGAAUCAAACGAGGCACUCUCACUAAAUAGAUCCUGCUUAAGACGGUGAAGCAGAUCCGCUCUUAUCGAGUUAAUGGCGUUUCCUAGAGACGAGAAAAUGCCAUCCAUUGAAUUGACCAAGGCGGCCUCAAUCUCCGGAAACAAUACAGGCUUUUUCGAUUUACGCAAGGCAUCACAUUGUUUGCAUAGCCAGCACAGCAACACAAUCUGCCAACAAUUCACUUAACGUGGAUUCAGAGACACCGGCACAGUGAGCAUGGAACAAACGGCCACACACCGCCGAACACGACAAGUGUAAAGGCCGGGCUACAUUGAUCGUACUCCGUAGUGUAAUUUUUGUGAACGCGUACGCCAUCUAGCGGUGGCGGGUUGAAGCUACAUGCUGGUAUAAUUUAUCUGUCAAAAAACGUUUUGGGUCGACUCGAACUCGCUGCACCCUCGGGUCAAACUGAACCUACCGUGACCCGACCCGACCCGAACUCUCUGCACCAACGGGUCGGAGUCGCUUAUGCUUUCUUGCACCUACUGAUCUUUCGGGUCGACCCGAACUCAUUGCACCCGCGGGUCAGAUUUGAUUCCGACUCCGACCUAGCGCACCCGCUGCACCCACGGGUCGAAAUCGAUUCCGGCCGGCUCGCACCCCACUCCGGGUCGGGUCGUGAAAUGAAUCGUAUGACCCAACACUAGUGCACACCCUGCCGGCACGGGGGAAUGGUGACCGGUAGUCUGCUACCUCAAUAGAUAAUAAAAAGGCAGAGUUACUUCACAACUCAACUAUAUGCAUUCCCUACUCCUCAAUUUCCCACCUCAACAUCCCACCCUUACCAAACCAUGUAUCCCUUAUCUUUUCAUUUUAGAAAGUAAAAAAAAAUGUUGUGUCCGCACAAAUGAAACAUGAUACGUGUUGUACGGCACAAGCAGAAUAUAUAUUUUAUCGCUAUCUUUGGUAUGGGUACAAUAAGCACGGGUAGUAAAUAAUAUAAACACAACACACGCAAUGCGGAGAGAGGGAGGCUGGUCCUUCUCGCACCGCGAUCCUCACUGAGGACGUCACAGGAUGACAGCCCUGCUGUCAACAGUGAGCCCUUAGGAUGAGGCAGCGGUCUUUCCACAGCAAAAAAGAUUAAAAACAUUUAAAAACAGGAAUAAUAGGAAUAGGAUAAAAAUAGGAAAAGGCUAGGUUCCUUUUUUGCACGUAACGAAAGAGUCCAUUCACUAUAAUCCUUUUGACAGGCAGAUCCGUCCGGCUUAACCGAUACACAUUCUCUUCCUCGCCAACAUUCGACCGAACACCAUAUCUUUUUUCCGCGUCUCUCUGAUGUGAGGACAAACACAUAUUCCAAAACCAAAUGUACCUAACGCAUAACAUUUUUUGAGUAUAAAUAAAAUCAACUAGGACUAUGCCCUUCCUAUAUGAAA